CCGCGCUACCAACCAACCAGCGUGUCCGUCUUCUUAAGCGGCUGUCGAGGUCCGCCGGGGCGUCUCGAUGGGUAAGAAGGCGGCCAAGGUGCCAGGAGAUCGGGUCAGUGAUCGGUUCGACAUCCGUGGCGAGACGCAGCUCACGCUUGAGGACCUCCUCGCCGAUCACUGGCGGCUGUCGUACCUCAAGUCGUUCACAGAGGCAGAGCUGUCGAACGAGAAUGUCGCCUUCAUGGUGCGCGUGAGAGAGUUCGAGGCCGCUGUGACCGCCGGAGACGCGCAGGCGAGGGCACUCGGCGACACCAUCUUUGACUCGCACAUCAAGGCUGGCGCGCCCGAGGAGAUGGCGGUGACUGCGCGGCUGAGGGAGCAGCUGAAGCAGGCGCUCAAGCAGUGGAAGGAAGGGACGUCGUCGACGGCGGAGGUGUCGGUGUCGGGGCUGCUCGCCUCCACGUACCAGACCGUGUACCGCAACGUCUCCUUCGACGUGCUGCCUCGCUUCCUCGCCUCGGAGCACGCGAUUGAGAUGGCGAAGUUGCACCCGUCCAAAGCGAUGCUGUACGAGCCGUCGCGCGAGGUGUUUGAGCGGAGCAUCGACGAGGAUGGGGACGACUGGCUCGCGCUGUGGCUCGCGGCCCACGAGUACUUUGAGAGGU